CUAGUGUGAAUUUCCCUGCUUUUUUUUUUUUUUCAUGUGGAUGAACUCAAGAAACUCCUCAUCUGUUUGUCCGUUCAGAGGUAGAGAGCUGGGUGCAAAUUCAAACAAUGUAAGAUCUAUGUAAGAUUUGAUCAAGAAAGUGUAUCAAUUUUAAAACAUAGAAUGGAAGAUUCUGAUUGCAGUCUUUUCACGUGAGAUUCUGUCUUCAUCAUUAAGGAAUUUUUCAAUAUUUGAUCUAUUAAUAUUUGAGUUUUACACAACACCAAAAAGGAAAAGACCCAACUUUUAGAAGUAACCCAGCUAUCUUCUGUUUUAUCAUAGCUUACAGGUUGCCAGUACUCCUGCUUCUUUCUGGUUUUAAUCAGACGGACAUAUGGAGCCUCUUCUCCUCCAAAGAUGUCUUUCAUAAAUCAUAACAAACCCUAAAGGACUGUAGUGUUGUCGUCAGCUUUGUAUUCCAUGGUUCCUUCCUCAACUUCCUGUCACAUGACUCAUGUUUCCCAGGGAGUAAACAGAACAUCCCGGUGUUCAGAAAGAGGCUUUGUGCUGCUCCAGUGGCUAUUCUUAUGUGUUGAGUUCAUUGUAAAAAAUGAGUUACUCUCCUUUGUAUCAUAUCAGAUAGUGUGUUUGUGGUGUUUUUUGUUCUGAUGUACUCUACUAUGGCACAUGGCUCUGGUCUUAUGAAGGAGCAGAAUCGUGACUGGUCUUGUGUUAAAUUUGUCUCUGCGAGCCAAAUCUUGUAUGAAGCAUCUAAAAAAACUCAUAUGUGAAGGAGAAAGAGAGCAAAAUGACAGCUGCGACAGAUGAGGAAUGUAGAUGGAGAAGCAAGUUUAUGCCUGUGCUGGUUUUGGUUGAUGGUAUGACUUAUUUAACUUUCUCUCCCUGCCUCUUGCACUCAUACACACUUUUCUCCUCUUCUACUCUCUGUUUUUUCUUCACUUCUCAGCAGCUAAUAGACUAUCAGACAGACUUAAAUAAAAAGGAAAUUAAUGACCUAACCAAACCUACAUCUGAAACUUCUCAAAAGCAAUAGUUUGAUUCAUAUUUCAAAGUACAUCCCCCCUCCUGCCAUUUAGAUAUGCACAUGGCUUAUAUACAGAUGGGUGACAAUUUAAAGUGGCUAUAAUAACAAUGGAUCAAAGUUUAACACUGUUACAGCGUUACAUAGUGUACACUAUGCUCAGUACCAAACAGGAAACGGACAAAGUUAGUAACUAGCUGGUGAACAUAGUGGAACAUUUAGCAGCUAAAAUGCCAGAUAUUUCCAUCAGAAGUUGGUGGAGACCAAAACCAGAGCUAAAAGAAGGCCAAAUGUCUGACUCCUCUUCAUCAGGUGGCCAGAAACAUGACUCCAAGUGAGUGCUAAUGUUGCGCCGUCUCUGAUGGAUGUGAAAAUAGACAACUGUUCGCAAUAUCAACUUAAAAGGUGGAAAUAUGUCACUCUUGUGUUUGCAGCUUGUUUCCACUGCCCCCAAGUGGCCAAAAUAAAUCAGUAAUUGCAAGGAUAAAGGAAGAACCAACAUAGAAGCAUUGUCCCAAAUCCAUACUAAAUACUCAAUCCAAGCAGGUUUUCAGUAUGCAGUCUUUUCACACUGGACAAGUAUACUAAAAAUAGUAUGCAUACUAAAAAAAACCCCAGAAUUUUCGACACUAUUCUCCCAUAAUGCAAUGCACAAAGGAAAUUGAGGGCCUGAUCACUGCUGGGUGUGGUGGUAAAACAGUGAAACAUAAAAUAACUAUUACAUCCAUGGAAAAACAUUUUGAUGUCUGUUUGUGAAACUGGCAGUGACAUUUGACAGACAUGCAUGUGCCUAAUGGUUUGUAUCAUCUCCUGUCAGUAAAAAUGUCAGUAUAUUGAUUUAUUUAUAAAGUAACUGCAAGUCUCUGAACUCUACUGGAGGGAUGAGGACCAUUCUUCACAAAGAUAUAUUCCUCAUUUGGCAAUUUGAUGACAGUAGUCUAACACCUCAGGUCCAGGUAGUUUUCAGUCAUGUUGAAAUCUGGUGACUGUGAAGGCCAUAACAUAUGACUCACAUCAUUUUCAUACUCAUCAAAGCGACCCUGCGUUCCCUGUAUGGAAGCAUCUGCAUUCGUUAUGUUUUUCCACUCAUUUUCAGGUUUUUCCUGUCGCCUUUCUGUAUUUUCUUUUAAGCACUCAAGAAAGCUUGAGUUCCUAGAGCAACUCUCAGUGUAUCUGUGAGAAUAAAAGUUCACUAUCACUCAUUGUUACACUCACCACAACUACUACGGCACAUACAUGUAACCAUAGCCUGAAGCCAUUUAAUAAUUUGACAGGAAUUUUAAUGCAUUGCUGUAACUUUACCUCCCUCUGCUGGGGAAAAAGUGGCAUAACCAAAUACACAACUUGAUCACCUUCAGUCUUCUAGUCUCAUCCUAUCCCGCGCUAUUAAUCCAGUCUGUUAAGACUGACCAUAACCUCUGUGCUAUUAAUAAUCAUGGUCAACUGCAAACUUACAGCAGUCUUGCUAUCAUAUUGUAUAUCCAGGGCUGCCUAACUUCUGCAGUCCUCAGUCAGUGAGGUCACUGAUGCACAGGAGACUCUGCGCCUGAACCUGCAUCGAUUUCAUGCCAGUGUUAAUUCUGUUUUACAGUACAUUCCUAAGGACUUGACAUCAUCGCAGAUGAACCAAAGGGGACGGGACAGACCUAUUCCUUUUUAACGUCCCUCCCUUCCUUCCUCCCUCUCUCCCAUCACUCCUCCUCUGCCUUUUUUGCUACUUUUUUUUCUUUGUGACCUUUAAACAUGAAGGACUAAGUGCUUUAGCGUAUGUGGGAAUAUGGCUGCUUUCCAGGCAUCCUGCGUGUGUGUAUGUGUGUGUGUGUGCAGUUUUGUAGAAGGACUAUGACUUCUCAAUUCAUGCCUUUACAGCCUUUACAAACUACAAGUUAUCUCUCUCUGUCCCUUAUCAGUGCUGCUUAUGUCUUUUAGUUAUCAAAUAGAUUUUGACUGAAAUGACUCAUUUAAAUAUAACUUUGCUAAAUACUCUGUAGUUCUUCUCUCUGUUGUGUGUCGGUCUGUCUAACAAUUAUCCCAGCUGAGUCCAAUGACAUGUUAAGUCCAGGAACUUCCUGUUGCUGUUCUUAGCUCACAUGCCACUCUCGACGCCUGGGAAAUUCAGAGCAGGAAAUGAUGUCAUGCAAGGCACUUCAGGGUCCUUGAGACCCAGUGCAAGGCAGACAUAACGCUGAGAAAAGGCUGUCAGAAAGUCAAGGUUACUGGCAUUGGAUAAAAGGGAGGAAAUGAAAGGCAGAGGAAAGAAAGGCAAAGGCACACUUUCAGAGAAAAAGCUGUGAGGACAUUAGGGUGCUUGUAUUGUGUGUAUUAUGUAACAUAGCUGGCACCCUUGUUAUGUAAAGAAUCACUAUACAGCCCCUUUGUCCUACACAUGGGUACCCAUAUUCACACACCCACACACAGUCAUACACAUACCAUCUGUCUACCUUCCCUGCUGUUGUUCUGCCUUUUGUCAUAUAUUCUCCACAGCAGGAAUAGAGCAACAUGGAAUAGACUGAGGGAAAAGCACGGUAGGCAGCUUGGAUUAGCUUUUGUGUUAUUUGUGUGUUUUGUGGCCCACUAAUAACAUGCUUGUGCACUAAUUAAUCUCUUGAUUAAAUUCUGCACAGAUGAAUAGUGGUGCUUUGUUGCCACGCUGACAGGAGCUUUGUCACUUGACACCUUUGUGCACAAACACAUAGACUCAUUUCCAAUUACACAUGGACAAACACUGUAAUGAUAAAAAAAACUGAAUAACUUAAUAAUAAAAAAAUAUAUGUGGGGACUACAAUGGUUUCACAACUUUUGAAUACUUUUGAAUACAGCACUAGAAAAGUCGAUGUAAAUGCAAUUUGUAAAUUGAAGGUUUUGAAAUUCUUGUAGCAUUCUGAUGGAGAUCAAGUGAUUAGUAAUAGGAUGUGUUUGCAAGUAUACCUCUAUAUAGGAACUAAAUUAAGUAUUUCCAUUAUUUAGGCAGGAUAUUGCAGCACAGUAAGAGGCAGCAGCAUGCAGCUGAUUGUAUUUUAGUCCUUAAAGAAGAACUCUCUAGCUCUAAUAUCAUUGGAGGCAGUUAUAUGUUUGGCUUAUUUAUUCUGUAAAAACAGUUUAGAGAAAUGGACAAUGGUUUUGAAAACUUGCAAACAAAUUCAUAUGAAAAUACUGAUUGUGACUCUGAAAUUUAUGUGCACUUUAAAUCAUCCUUGCAAUCUAUUACAACCUUUUGGGUCACAAAUAUGACGUUUAGCUUGGCCUCAGUAAUUUUCUAAAACAGUUGGGCACUGUGGUUUUUAGCAAACGUUACUCAAGCAGGAGUAAAUGGUGCAUUUGUUGACUAUUUUCAAGAUUUGGUUCACUAGGGAGUAUUUAUGACACCAUAACGUUGUAUGUGGGAUUUACUCAAAAUAAACAUCAGCGUCCAUGUUCAUUGUAAUGAAGGAACAUGUCAACCUGUGCAACGCUGUUGUGUUUUUAAUGGAAACGAUGGAGGUCUGUGGCACAGAGGAAUAAUCAACGAUUAUCAGGCUUUAGAUCCACAGGCAAUACUUGUUACUAGGAUCAAUUCAUUGUUGGUUUUAGUAUUUUCAUGGGAUUUGUUGACAAUAAGAAAAAUAUAGAAUAUCACCAGACUUAUCCUUUUUCUCCUGCUCUUCAUCUGCAUCUCCUUUUUAAAAAAAAAAUCUGGUUUCUAAAAAAAGAGUUGAUAAUCUUUCAAAUCUUACAUUCAGUAAAUAAGCGGCUGGUGUGGUAUGUCUUCCUUCCUGUGGUUUUCCCACAGGGUCUGUCCAUCUCAGCUGCCCUCCCCACCCCAGCUGUGUGCCUGUCUCAUCUUUUUUGCAUUCUCUGACUCACUGGGGGCAACAUCUGGACUGCGCUAAAUGUCUGCAGUGUGUGUAAUGUAUGAGUGUGCGUACACACUGCAUUCUCCCACACAUUGUUCUGGUCUGCAGUAUUGUACAGUAAAGCGAAAGAAAGAGGCCGAGGUCAGAGUCUCCUUGCUAGGUUCAGCUGACAUGUGAAGUUAGCGUUCAACCAGUCGUCAGGCUUUGACCUCAGGGGCUGGCUGAUGCAAACAGCAGCUGAAAUCAACAAUUUCCUUUAUGGAUGUGAUGGGGCAACAGCAGCUCUGGUAAUGACAAAGAAGAUGUGGAAUUGGUGGCAUUGACCAGCUUCUUAUAGGAGCAAAGAGGAAGAAAAGAUGAAGAGGUUUCAGUGAAAGAAGCAAAGAAGAAGAUGAAGGAUGAGGAGGUUUCAGUGAAAGAAGCAAAGGGAUGACGGAUGGAUGAAGGAAAACGUGUGAGGGAGUAUUUUUGUUUAGAGAAAGAUCGUGAGGGGCUAAGAGAAGUUUAAGCAAGAAAGAUACAGAGAGAGUACAGAGGGAAAAAAUGUAAAGAAAGGUGGAAAAAAUGACAUUUGUAUGAAAGAUGUAGAAAGAAAUGUACACACAAAUGAACUAGAGGGAAAAGGCAAGAAACAAAAACAAGAGUGAGGAGAAGAAAGGAGUCUAGUGCACACAAGGCAGAGAGAGCUGUAAAAAUAGAGAGAUAUUGUAUGUGUAUUGUAACAAAGCAGAAAAUGCGAGAGAAGAGGUUGAGGAGAAAAUUAGAGGGAAGAGAAAAUUUGCAUGGGGUGGGCUGGAAGUGGGAGGCAGAGUUGUAAACACGAGGGUUGGAAAGGCAGCGAGGAAGAAAGUGCAGAAUCGUUGCCACUUGAUGGAAAGCUGGAUAGCAGCGAAGGGAUGUGCCAUGGGAUGGAGAGGAAACUUCAGUCUGAGCAAAGGAGAAAGAAAUAGAAGCAUGUCAUCACCCGCACCAUGAGGGCUUCAAAGAUUGAGGCUAAGGAGGCUUGUGAUUGGCUUAGAGCAGCGGGAUUUCCACAGUACGCCCAGCUUUAUGAAGAUUCCCAGUUUCCAAUUGAUAUUUCCUCAGUGAAAAGGGACCACGACUUUUUGGACCGGGAUCUGGUGGAGCCUCUGUGUCGACGUCUAAAUACUCUCAACAAGUGUGCCUCCAUGAAACUGGAUGUCAGCCACCCCAAGAAGAAAGGUGAUGACUCUGAUGAAGAUGACCCGUUGGCUAUCAGUAAAAGGUGGACGUUUGAGUGGAGCAGCCGACGUUGGUCUCGCCUACAAGACUUCCUGUUGGACAGCACCAAUGAAAGCAGCCCAACAGGUCAGGGGGAGGGUCUGCACAGCACAGUGAGCAGUGAGAGUGUGCUAACUGACCUGAGCGAGCAGGAGAUCACAGAAGUCUCCUCGCUGCACAGUGAGGACUCCACCUCCGCCAUGCCUGACUCUAUAUCUAUGGCAUCUCUCUCCGCUUCAUACCAACCACCCAGGGAACUUCCACACUACAACUCCCUGCCAAUCAAGAGCAGCCGCCAUGGGCAAGGAGGGCGCAGUAAAGCCAAAGAGUUUUUGCGUCGCAUGGAAUUAAUGCGCACUUGGGGGCCGUCGACAAGGCGGAAAAGCGCAAAUCGCAGGCCACCACUGGUCAUCAGUGGGCCGGUGUUACAGGGGGAGGAGCCUCAUGCUCUGCAGAUGCUCCAGUGUACUCCCAUCAGCCAAUUAGAACACAGCCCUAAACACAACCACCAAACUGAUGGUGACACUUCCUCUGCCUCCCUUAACAAUGAUAAUAAAGACCAAUCCACGGUGAGUGUGAGCCCCAGCAGUGAGACAGUGAUGCCCAGAGUGAAGGAGCCUGUGUAUACAAAACCCCGGACUGCCGGCAAGAGAAGCAGCAUGUAUCUGGAAGAUAUGGAGCUGCCUUCUCAGGGUAAGAGGACUGAAGGGCAGAGCCAAUUUGGCAGAAACCAGUUCCACUCAUAUGAAAACCUCCUUGUUCACAUCCCCAAAGACCAUAAACCAGGCACCUUUCCAAAAGCUCUAUCCAUAGAGAGCCUGGCGCCUUCCCCCGGUGAAGGGAACAAUGGCCCCCAGACGCGGGCCCAAACUUCUCCACCCAACAAUGGCCUGGGUGAGCCAUGGUCUGGUAAACCUCUGUCCAAGCCCCCCUGUCCUGGAGCUCCUCGGGGCAGUAGAGUGAGUGUUUAUGACAACGUGCCGGGCUCCCACCUUUACGCCAGCACAGGAGACCUGCUGGACUUAGAGGUCAAUCUGUUCCCUCACCUAGAUGACAUCAUCCAGCACGUCAGCGGUUUGCAGCAAAUAGUGGACCACUGGAGCCGCAGUGUGCUGCCCGAGGGUGAGACAGGGGAGGGGGAGGAGGAAGGGGAGGGCAGGACCACCCCAAGUGAAGGCGAGAGAGAUGGGGUCUCCUUGAACGACACUGAUUCGACAGGGACCAGUCGGGAGAGGCGGGACUCUGGAGUCGGGGCCUCACUGACAAGACCACGUCUACGAUGGCCCAGUUUCAGAACCUCUGAUCAUCUCAACCAGCCGGCAUCUUCACUACAGAUCGGUAGCCAAUCAGCGGGCCAGCUCAGCCUGCUGCAGAAGUUCUCUUUGCUUCGCCUCACCGCCAUAAUGGAGAAAUACUCAAUGUCCAAUAAACACGGCUGGACAUGGUCUGUGCCCAAGUUUAUGAAGCGCAUGAAGGUGCCAGACUACAAAGAGAAGAGUGUGUUUGGUGUUCCCCUCAUCAUCCAUGUCCAGCGCUGUGGUUUUCCACUCCCUCUGUGUUUACAACAGGCCUUCGGCCACCUCAGAACACACUGUCUGGACCAGGUGGGAUUGUUCCGCAAGUCCGGCGUGAAGUCUCGAAUUCAGGCUCUGAGGCAGCAGUGUGAGCUGUCCCCUGACUCUGUAAGCUACGAGGACCAGUCGGCUUAUGAUGUGGCCGACAUGGUCAAACAGUUCUUCAGAGACUUGCCAGAGCCUCUGCUAACAAGCAAGCUGGGGGAAACCUUCCUGCAUAUUUACCAGUAUGUCCCAAAGGAGCAGAGGUUGCAGGCCGUCAGAGCCGCCAUUUUGUUGAUGCCAGAUGAAAACAGGGAGGUUCUGCAGACGUUGCUCUACUUCCUGCGUGAUGUCACUUCCUUGGUGGAGGAGAACCAGAUGACGCCGAUGAACCUGGCUGUUUGUCUGGGGCCUUCGCUCUUCCACCUCAGCAUACUGAAGAACGAGACGCUGUCGCCAAGGUCAAUCCAGAGGAAGUACACCACGGGCCGCCCCGAUCAGAAGGACCUGAGUGAGAACCUGGCCGCCACCCAGGGCCUGGCACACAUGAUCUCUGAGUGCCAGCAUCUCUUUCAGAUCCCAGAGGAGAUGGUGACCCAGUCUCGCAACUCCUACAUGGAGGCUGAGCUGAUGGUGCCCCCGCUGGACGAGCUGUGCAAGGCUCACGAGGAGGAAGUGGAUGAGGACGAGGAAGAGGAGGAUGAGGAAGGAUCCUAUCAUGCACACCUAGAAAGGCUAGUCCAGAACCUACUGGAAGAGGCCAAAGAUAAAGGCAAAGGCUGGGUGUCUCGCACAACUACAGACCAUACAGAGCUGGCAUUUAAAAAGGUGGGAGAUGGCAACCCUCUAAGGCGAUGGCGAGUGUGUGUUGAGGUGUCAGCGACUCCCAGUGAGGUGCUGCAGCGGCUGCUGAGAGAGCGCCCCCUGUGGCAGACUGAGCUACAGCAGGAGAAGGUUCUGGAGACGCUGGAUAAACAGACGGACGUAUACCAGUACUCCUGCCGCAACAUGGCACCUCAACCUACCUGUGACUAUGUGGUACUAAGAUCAUGGCGUACAGACCUGUGUAAAGGCUCCUGUGCGCUGGUGUGUGUGUCAGUUGAACAUGAUGACAGCCCACGCAUGGGAGCAGUGAGGGGUGUGGUGCUAGAGUCACAGUACCUCCUCGAGCCCUCUGGGACUGGGAGGACCAGGCUCACACAUAUCUCCAGAGUGGACCUCAGGGGAAGAUCUCCAGAAUGGUACAACAAGGCUUUUGGUCACCUGUGUGUUAAUGAAGCCCAGAUGAUCCGCUCCUCUUUUCAGCCGCUAGAUCAGAUGAGCACUGAGGCAAAGAUCUGAACCCCAGAAAUCAAGCUUUAUCUUGGGUCAUACUGCCAGAGCAGCUAGUCCUGAGAACCAGUGACCCAGGAGGGGAAUCAUCCAGGCAGUGGACUUUGGUGUCUUUUCACGCUGCUGAGCCACACUGAGCUUUACUGUACCAUACUGUACUGAGUUACAGACAUUCACACACAGAGGAGGGAAGAGUGUUUUUUGUCAUGUAUUCCAGUAACCCUACAUAGACGUCUUUAAACACUAAUCACUUAUUAUUUAUCUCAUGAAUUAUGAUUUUCAAAGCCAUUUUUUGCACCACAGAACAAACGUUGGUUUCCAAUUCCAAAUAUGAAAUAACUAAUCAGAUCUUUGAACAGCCAUCGAUGUUUCAUAUAAUCUCUGAGUCUCGUAACCACGUGCAUUAUUGGAAGGAUGAGGUUGCAUAUACAGAGAGUAUUUUCAAUAUUUAUUCUUCCAGAUCCUCAUCUACUAAUCUAAUAUCUUGCAAAAAAGAUGACAAAUAAGAAAAAAUAAGACAGCAGGCACCAGCAGGUGUGAUCAUGAGAUGGUUACCAUAGUGUUAGGGUAAUGUUUAAUCUGCAACACCUUAAUUUGAUAUCACUAUGAUAGUUACUGUAAUAGAGUAUCUAUGUGAAGCUUACACAUAACUAUAACUGACUUUGUCGUAUGUAUGAUCAGAAAUGACAUAAAAGUUAUGUAUACUUAAAGUAGAAUACCCAUAUUUGUAUUGAUUGUUUUGAGAAAUCUUAACUCCAUCUCUUUAAAAUGUCACAUGGCCUGCCAGUGGAAUAUACAUGACUCAUUUGAUUGAAACAAAUUUUCUUCUCAGUAUGUAUUAUUGAACAGACCUGACAAAGCAGGAUACAUUCAGCCCUGAUCUGCUUUUAUCACAGUGAAUCAAAAAUUACAUUAUAUAAACAAUGCUGGCAAUAUCUAAUAUUGACAUCUUAUUCCUGUAAUAGUCACAAUUUUUAAUGAAUUUGUCCAUUUAUAAACUAAUGCAAACUGGAUCUUGCUGAUCUGCAUCAGCUUUUUUUUUUUACCCCUCUUGCAAAAUGGUUAACUUAUCACUUACAUAUGCACAUUUAUAAAAAGCACUUAAUUAAGAUAACUACAGGUAAAGAUGCACAAAUCCCAGUGCUCUGAAAACAAUCGCUGUCAACAAGAAUGACCAGGAACAGUACAAUAUGGGUACAUGUCAGCAUUACAUUGUGAAAAGUGCACUAGUUCAGGAAAAACAAGUACAUAUGAGGGAUGUGGAUCACAGAAUGGGAGAAAAACUAAUCGGGUCCAUAAAGGUGCUUUAACCCUGUUAUGGAUACAUUGUGAUGGAUAUCACUGUUGAUUUAGUUCUCUGUCACUAUUUUCAGUGUUAAUCUUAUCUAAAUGUUAUUUUAAAGUUAUUAUUGUCAUUAUAUCGAUGUAUAUGGUAUCACUGCUGCUUUUUUUUGCUGUCAUGUUAUAUAUACAAUGUCUAAGACAUGUGACCAUUUCACUGCUUCUGGGAAGCAUGUUUGAAAUUGAAAUUGUGUGCAUGGAUGUGCCAGUGUAUCUGCAUUUUAGAUAUACAUACAGCCUGUAUUGUAAAUAUAUAUGACGCUUUCUGUGCCAGCAGAUCAAACAUCAUAGCUUUUCAGGGUCUUCCUAUCAUAUUGAUAUGCUGAAAUGUGAACUUUCCACACAUCAUCCUACUAAGGCAAUAGCAAACUAUAGCUUGCUCUGCCAUGGCUUUUUUUUGUUGUUUUCGGGCUGUAGGCGGUGUUGCUAUGGUGUUGCUAUGAUACAAUAUCUCUACAGUGCCACCAAAAUCCUGCGUGGAUACUGUUUGCUGGGGAACAGUGUGGCAUGUGUGUAAAUAUGUGCGUAUGAGAGAGACAAAAAGACAGAGAAAGUGUGAGUGAGUAACUCUGACGUGAGCCCUCGGCUGUGUGGGGAAAGGCUCCAAAACUAGCUGAGUAGCUGAGACCAGGGUGAUUUCUGACAAAGUGACAGAAAACAGGACCAUUGUUUCUAAACAAGAGAAUAAAAAAAAUCUAAGAACUCAACAAAAACAUUGUCUUCUGUAUUAAAAGGCAUAUUAGCAUGAAAAUCACAGUAAAUACAUGUACAGUAUGUCGCACAUAAUAUUUUCUUUGUUAUGUGCUCUUGUGUCCAUUGAGUGGUGCUGUUGCCCCACUGGAGUCUGAAGGUCAUGAAUGAAUCUGGAAAGUAUGCCAUGCAAAAUGUCUUUAGACAACUGAGUGAAUGAAGAGUCAUCAAAGCAUCAGGGGGUUCUCCCUAAGGACAUUUUCACAGUCCUUUCAAGGGAUGGAUGCAGGAAACUAAACCUCCACAGCUCAGAUCAAUACUCAAUCACAUUUACCUAUUUAGCUGUGUUAGAUGGGGACUCUCGCAGAGGACGAUGAAGUCUGUUUGAAUACAGACACUGCUCUCCCCAGGCUCUGUGGAAGCCAGGGUGUUUUGUAACAACACAGAAAUGAGUGAAACAUUGCUUCAUUAACUUCUACCUCAUUUAACAUGUCAGUGAUUUUAUCUAGAAAGUAGGGCACACUGUUACAGCUCCUGAAUGUCAAUGAUCCUCUGCACUGUGGGUGUACUUUCGCUCCACCACUUCAUGGACUCUGACAAAUGAGGAAUAUCAUGUUGUAAAUUACACUAAGAAAAAAACGGAUUACUGACAAGGUGAAUCAAGCAUUGAUUGAUCAACUGAAUCCACUUUAUUCCAGAGGGGUAGAUUUUUUUUAGAGCCACAGAGGUCUAAGCGGAUGUUUAAAUUAUGAAGACAUGGACUGUGCAAAAGAAAGUGCAAUUUGAUAUGACAGUGCUGGCUCUCAAUGUGUACAUAUAAAAUACAGAGGGAUUUAAAAGAUUAUCAAUGUUCUUUCACACAUGAUGAACCUGCAAAAGGAUUUGAGGAUGUCCUCUUCUGGAGAAAACAGGAAGUGCAUAUCGAGCUACUACCCCUUUCCAAGAAAUCUUUACAUCACUGGCACAAUUUUAAAUUGUUUACUUUUUCUGUCCAAAAACGAUACAGGUCAAGUAUAUUAAUGGAUAGAGGAGAGUGUCAAUGUUUCAGGAAUAUAAGAACUAUAUUGAUAGGCUUAUGAGCCUCAGUAUGCUACUGGCAAAAAGAUGUAGUGCAACAUGAAAAAAGUUAAUAUUAAUGGAUUACUUCAAUUUGGGUGAUAAUCAUGCUCUAAUUUUUGGAACUACAGUUUCCAUAAUUUGGGGUUUUGGGGGAUGUAAACCGAAAGUAUAAUGCCGCCAUGGACUCAGUUAGUGAGCUGUGGGCUACAACUUGAGCCCCGUUUUUUUUUUUUUUUUCACAUUUUUGCCAAAUUGGCAGGAUUAAAAGUAUGCCAAAUUUUUAUUGUCUUUUUAAACAUUUUUAAUGUUUUUUUGUUAUUUGUAUAUGUAUUUUUGUACAUACAGUACAUCGGUUAGAAAUGUUUUCACUUAACAAGAAAGUUUCUAGUCUGUGUUAGAGUAAAAUUAAAAAUAAAUUAUACAAUAAUCAAAGAUUUAAUAGUAAAUAGGAAUUUGAUAAUAUAUACUUUGGUCACCAAAAAAAACUCAAAAUGCACAAAACUUACUUAAAUAUAUAUCUUAAAUAUACUUUUAAUUAAUAAAGAACAACUUAAGUGAUUUCAAUUUAAUAGUACUUUAGUAUGUGAUUUCUGAAUUCAGAAACGGUCUACAGUAUUUGUUUUGAAAAUAUUGAGUAUACUUGAUGAUAUAUCAUUAAGCCUAAAAACUGUUAAUGAAAUUACUUGAGAUAUCACAAAACUAAUCAAUUUUUGUCUCGCUUUCCCUGCAUUCUCCUUCUGUUCUUUCCUCCAUCACAGAUACAAGAAAAUCAUUGUAGGAGUGAUGGCUAAUCUUAACCCAGCCUCAAUUAUAUAACAGACCAAAAUAACAGGAUUUAAGAGAAUCUCUGAUCUCCAAUCAUUAAAGAGACCAACAUCAUUCGCACUAUCUGAAGAACUUGUUGAUGUUUGUGGUGAAGGACUGUGGAUGUUGUCUCUUUAUCUGCACCACAUUCACAUUAUGGAAGCUGAGCAGGGAGAGAGAAAGAGAGGGGGGGACAGAUGUAUCUCCUCUGAGAGACUGAGACUGGCUAAUCCACUGUCUUCUUCUAGACAACCAUGAUAAGGUCGUUAAUGAAUAAAUUAUCCAAUGAAUGAAUUAUAGACGAGACCAUGUUGGCAGUUGUGUGUACAGUAUCCUUGAGUGUAUGCCUUGGUAUUGGCAUACUAUAAUGAAAACUAUGCACAAUGAAUGAGAAAAAUUAGUAAAGCAUGUGUUAAAUGCUUCAAAACAAAUCUCUCACUUCAUUUCAAUACAUAAGGUCGACAGCUGUUUAGCAAAUAUGAAUUCAACACUGCAGCAUCAGAUGAAAAAAACAGACCAAAUUUUGUUCCAUAAUAGGCACAAAUAUCCAUGCAGAUGUGGUAUACAUGAGUAGUGUUUACAGUAUUUCACAUGUAUAUAAGUUACCUGAUCACAUUUGAAAAGCUCUAUCAUGUGUAUCAUGAUUCAGCAUUAUCAUAACAUAAACAAUACUGGUAAUAUCACCUGUGAAUUAUCAAAUAUCUGAGCAGAGUUCCCUAUAGUGCAUGUACAUGUACAUUAUUAUGGACGGUUUAAUGUGUUUUUUUCUUAUACUUUUGCCAUUUGGCCAGUUUAGUUCUAUUAACGAGUGCAGAUUCAGUAAAAUACAACUCAUAUUACCAGUGAGCCAGCAGUUAGAAGAAAUCCAGCCAUUAUUCAUGUUAUUCACGUUAUAACAAAAUUGGAACCCUUUCUCAGGCUCAUUGACCCAGGUGCCUCACCUGCAAACACUUAAGCUCGUUAGUAGGAGCACUCAAAAACAGAGUUAGGCGCAGUGUGUGCCUCUCAUGUGUUACUAUUUCAUUGGAGUCACAGAGCAAAGCAGCCGAUCUUUGAAAAACCCAGGUCGUCUUAUAACACUUACUACUGUUCUGAAGAUAUUUCAAGAAUCCUCAAAGACACAAAUAACCAUCUGGAUGAAAAAAUACUCUAAUAUUUUGCUGAAAACAGCUGCUUGUUGUAGCUGAAAAUGACGCUAUGACAGCAGUGAGAGUGAACCGAAACAGUGAAGUUGCAGCGCGGACAGCUGAAUAAUAAGCUGAAACUCACUGGGGAGCUGCAGAGUCAGGUGAUAAUUAUCUGUAGAUUCAUCACUUUCAGCAAUUCCCCUUUCACAUUUGUCAUUUGAUACAUUGUUAUUAUAAAAAUAUCAAUUAUAGCUGAGAUUACCUACUUUGAUAUACUUUUACUUAUAAAGCACAGACAGACAGUUGCUGGCAGGUCACACCAGGUACCUGAUUGGAUUAGGCCUUCACUACAUGUUGUAAUUGACUGCACUUUCACCUUUUGCUUUGCACAGUGUGUACAUACAACAGUCUCCUGAGAUGAGGUCCAUGAGUGAAAACACCUGUGUAGGUGUGCCAUGUGUGCAUUGGGGCUUUAACUCUUAACCCUUUAAUUUACUAUUUUCCCCUACGCAUAGCUUCGAAUAGAGAACACAUUUUUCACACUGUUCAACAAUGUCACCUGUGAAGUAUGAUUUUCAUUCCACUGUCUCUAAAGCUAUAUCAUACUUUUGUGUUGAAUAAAAUGUCUAAACUCAAUAUGCUUUUAUUUUAAGGCUGUACCAUCAUAUAGUAGAUUCUGGUUGGGGCGUGCAUCCGGUUAUGCACAGUAAUUCAACAUUUUUAAUAAAGUUGUGUAGAUGUG